CGACCACAUCCUCCACCCAUCCUUCUUCGCGCAUCACCCUCCGCUUCUCUCGCUCGCUCCCGCCCUCUGCCGGCGCCGAGCAUGUCGGGCCCCAGCCGGCCCACGCUGCAGGAGACGCUGCGGCAGCGCCUGCCCGGGCAGCGCGCGCCGCCCGACCCCGCCGUCGCCACCGCCAACGCCGCCGACCUCACCUACGGCUGGCAUGCCGAUGCCUCGUCCGACGCCUCCUCUUCUUCGAACUCAUUGCACAGCGAUGCAGAAGGCGAGCCAGCUGAGCCUCUCGCGCCGCCCGACUGGCGCGCCGAGCGCAUGGCCCGCCUCAAGGCGCACGGCGUGGACCUCGACGAGCCGGAGGGCGCGCACGAGCGCAUAGCCAGCAGCGACAGCGACGAUGCGCGGCAGGCAGAGCGGCAGGCCGAUGCAGAGCCAGCGCCUCGCAUCCGGCGGCGGCGUCGCAGCUCGUCCGCUGCCUCCUCGGCCUGCUCCUCGGCGAACAGCGCGCAUGCGCAGGCAGAAGCAGAGGCGAGAGAGGCCAAGGCGGGAGAGGGAUCUGGCGCUGCGCAGCAGGCUGCACCGGAGCAGCCGGCCGCGGAGCAAGCCGAGGCUCGCCCCGACGAAGAUCUCAUCUGCCGCAUCUGCUUCGACGGCCCUUCUGCGAACGUGGCUGGCGGCGAGAGGCUGGGCAAGCUCAUUGCGCCGUGCAGGUGUCGCGGCACUAUGAAGUUCGUGCACACCUCGUGCCUCACCUCGUGGCGCAUGGCCUCGCGGCGCUCGACGUCGGCCAUGCAGUGCGACCAGUGCGGGCAGCCAUAUCGCUUCCGCCAGUCGCGCUUCGUCGGCUUCGCACAGUCGCCCAUUCUGCUCUUCAUCGUCUCUGUGCCGCUCUUUCUGAUGCUCAUCUGGGCCAUCGGCCUGACCACCGACGUCGCACUGCGGUCAUUCGGGGGCGGCGUCGCGACGGAGCCCGCCUCCUCCCGCUGGAACCUUGUCCCCGGCGGCGACUAUCAUUCCAACACGUGGAUCGACGACCUCGGCGAGGAGAACAGCUACUUCGAGCUGGGCUACGAUUCUUGGGCGCAGAGCCGUGCCUUCUUGAAAAUGGCCAAGGCCGGCCUUACGCACGUCAAAAAGGGCGGCGUCAUCACCGCGCUGGCCGAACUGCAGGGCGACGAGGAGCGCCGGGAGGCUAGGCGCCUCACGCAGAGACAGGCGGAGCGCAGCAAGGUGGCCAAGCGUGGCUGGUGGAGUGAGCUCAAGUGGGUGUGGGCGAAUGGCGAAGACGAAGAGGACGAGGUGGAUGAGCGCUACGAGGACAGGCAUUCGGGCAGCAAGAACCGAGAAGCGCAGGAGGACGAGGACGACUUCACCUCGAGCUCGUGGGCCCAGAGGAUUGCACUGCAGUUCAGCUUGGGCUUCUCCGUCGUGGGCGUCAGCUCGUUUCUGACCAUGCUGCUGUCGAUGCCUCUGCUGCAUCUGGGCAACUUCGGUCUCGGGCGCGGCUUUGUGCGCAUGACUGGCGGUCGGCGACGCGGCAACGGGCGCGGUGGCGGACAGAACGGCCAGGGUGGCGAUGUCGGAGCCAUCGCGACAGCCGUGCUGCUCUUCCUCGUCUUCCUCGGCGUCAUGCGGGCGCUGCACCUCGUCUACCGCGGCGUGCGCGCCUACACGCGCCGCAUGCUCUCGCGCAUCGAAGACAUUAUCAUCGACCGAGGCGAGACGGAGGCGGAGAAGGAGGAGCGCAGAGCACACGAGGCGCAACGGGCGCCGCAGCCGGGCCUGCGCGAGCGCCUCGCCAACGUCGACGUCAAGGCCAAGCUGCUCUCCAGCUGGCAGGCGCUGCGAGAGCGCAUGGCGCCGGCGCAGGUCCCGCCUGCCGCUGCUGCCGGCGCGGCCGAGUAGCCGCCUGUAGCCGCCUCCUCAUGUAUUCUAGUCACCAGUCUUAGUGUCACCUGCUUGUUCUGUGA